AUUAUGAAAUUCACGUGGUUUCCCACAUAAUCCAAUGGAAUAGCCAGGAAUUCCUGUGAUGCAUUUGAAAUACCUCUACCCUCCAUAAUUUGAAAUUAAAUUCUAACGGAUCGUUCGGCAAAAUCUAAAGAUCCUCGAGGUUAUACACGACAAAGAAAUCAUAAAUAUUAGCAAUGACCGAAAACUGUUUCACCAAGUUACUAAAACACGGGCAAAAAUUUGACGAAGGUGUGAAAAAACUGACCGAGACGUGGCGAUAUCCUCAAGGAAUAUUGGGAGGUUAUGGCGCAGACUCGAAAGCGGCAGAAGCUUCUUUGAAGACUUUAAAAGAUGAUCUGUCGCAGUUUCAGAACAUUAACAACGAUGCCGAAUCGAGAAAAAGUUACAUGUCUGAGAUGGAAACAUUUUUAGAAGAGUCGCAACAUGUUUAUGAAGAUAUCGUGCAGUCAUGCAACGAUAUGGAGACCGUCUUAUCAGAGUAUGGAUAUGAAAAUCCGCAAGACGAGAGUGUCGAGCAGUCAGAAUCGGACUCUGUUGUGGAUACCAGCCUAAUUCCAUCUGAUGUCACUGACGAUCUUUUGGAAGUUGAAUUUACUCCAAAUAUGACUUGGCGACAGAAACCGAAAACGAUGGGAAUGCCGUAGCAUCAAAUUGAUUGCAGUGUGAAAAUACAGAUGAAUUGCACUAAUCCUAAAUUAUUUCACGUACAUCAGCUGCACAGAAAACGAUGAGACGAUGUUGUAGAGAGUCAUUGAAUACAAAUCUCACUUUCUUAAAUAAUUCUGCUAAUGAUCUGAACACAUUUGUUUCUGUUGGCAGCUGGUGACUCUAAUAGGUUGUAUAUAUUCAUAAUACGAAUUCAAGUUUCACGAACAUCCGAAUUAUAUUUCUAUAAUGUUGUGCCUUUCUAUUUUUAUAUAAAUAAACAAUUUAGAUUAAUUCGAUUAAGCGGUUCUGAUGAAAAUUGUUGCGCAUCAUUAUUCGUUAUGGUUGAUAGGUUUAAGUACAAUUUUUCAUAGUUUGUUCCAGCCAUUAAGACUUAUGCUAACGAUGUUUUAUUCUAUAGUAUAAAUACGCACAGAUUUUAUAAACAAUUCAGUCACAUAUAGGCUGAUAUGAUGUUUGAGACCAGUUUCGUUUUUUAUACUAUAAUAAAUAUAUAAUAAUGUGUAUACUCAAAUGAAGAUUGGAA